UUAUGGCAACUCAAUUUAAUGUCGUGCGACGUGCGUGUCAAAAUAUUUUUGUUUUCUGUUCUCUUAUUUUCUUUUAUUAAUCGUAUCUGAAUGAUUGAUUUGCCUCCUAAAUUCAUUAUAUCCCUUAUUUAAUCCAUGAACAACAAUAAUUACCAUAAUAAGUGCAAUGAUUUUAUGGUAAGUUUGACAUUACGGAUACGCUGGUAGCCCAAUAACAUGACCGAUUGUGCGCUGGUAUCCAAUGCAAAUGAACACGAUGCUAGCAUGGACGUGGGAAACGAUAAGUCUCUCUUUGAGCCUACUGUUGAUAUGAUGGUAAAUGACUUUGAUGACGAGAGAACACUAGAUGAAGAAGAAACAAUAGCGGCGGGAGAGCAGCACGACCCCAAGGCUGAACUCAACAGCUUGCAGAAGGAGGGGGAUAUGCCCCUUGAGGAGCUCCUGGCACUAUACGGAUAUGACAAGACUAUGGACCAGAAGUCCCCAGUGCCAGAAGCAAAGCCUAUAGUUGCCGAAGAAUCAGAGAAGCCCGAGUCAGCAUUACAACAAAUUUACAGUGAAGCAACUAGCCCUGAAGCCACCCGCUGUCUGAGGUCUGGCUCACGUCCCCCUUCUGAAGAAGAAGAGGAUUACGACUACAGUCCCGACGAAGAAGAGUGGAAAAAAACCAUCAUGGUGGGCAGUGAUUACCAAGCUGGGAUACCAGAAGGCCUAUGCAGCUAUGAUGAUGCAUUGCCCUAUGAGAAUGAAGAUAAAUUGUUAUGGAACCCAGCCACACUAGAAGAAAGUGUGGUUGAGGACUACAUGAAGAAAAUUUGUGCCAUGAACAGUGGCACUGGUUUAGAUGCUAUUCCCCGAGGAAAGCAGCUGAGAGAUGAUGAAGAGGCCCUUUACUUACUGCAACAAUGUGGCCACAACAUUGAGGAGGCCUUACGGAGGAGACGCAUAUCUGCCCAGACUCCUCCACAUGCAAGUCUAUGGUCAGAAGAAGAAUGUCGUAAUUUUGAAAAUGGUUUAAAGGCACAUGGUAAAGACUUUCAUCUGAUCAGACAAAAUAAAGUUAAAACUAGAUCAGUUGGAGAGUUGGUGCAAUUCUAUUACAUAUGGAAGAAAACUGAAAGGCAUGAUAUCUUUGCAAACAAGGCGAGGCUAGAAAAGAAAAAGUAUACACUACACCCGGGUCAUACAGACUACAUGGACAGGUUCCUGGAGGAGCAGGAAGCGGCGGGACCAGCGGGAGCGCCCAGGCCCGCAUCCCCCUCAUCCAUGCUGGUGUAUGCGCCGGAGCCCGCCCCGGGCCAGCCCGACCCUCUGGCACUUGGAGAAAGAGAGGUGUUCUCACAGCUCAACUCCCAUAGUCCUCCCCGUAAACUAUCCACAGAUGAACAGAUCCAUGAAACGGGACCUUUAUAGAUUUUACAAGAAAAUGCCUUUUUAAAUGUAGAGUGCACUGUUUGUAAAAGUAAGUAUAUGUUGUUGCUAGACAUAAGUUCACCUCUAUCUCCUAGGUACUUAUCUUUAAGCUGAUGGAGUUUACCAAACAUAGGGUAAAGUUUCUUUGCUUGUUUAGAUGUGAUCCAUGUAAAAAUAGAUAGUAUAGAUACUAUUAAUUGCUUGGUUUGUUUUGAAUAAGUAAAGAUACUGAUCUCGUUUUGAGGUGAAGUUACACACUACUUAAUUGUUAAGGUAUUUGGUUAAGAUGGUCUGUUAAAUUAGAAAACAAGUGUACCAAUAGAAAAUUUACUAAGUGAAGGACACUCAAUGAAUUGAGAGAUUCACAAGCACUGACAGUUGCAGUCCAUCCCUAAGGUUGUAUGAAUUCAUACUUCCCCAUUGAAAUACCAUAGAAUAGAUAAUAAUGAUUACCUACAUAUUUAUUGUUACACUUCCUGGGACUGCGAAACCAUUAAAAUUAUCAUGUAAGUAAUAAACUAAUAACUAUUUCUUUAUUACAUAAUUAGGCAUAUCCUAUUAAUUGAAAUUUUAAAUCUUUAUGUGAGUGGCUUUUGCCAGUAUUUUGCAUAUUAAAUAACUAUGACUUAUUACUAUUAAUAUUGUGCAUUAUGUGCAUGGGCUCUAGUUUCAAGAAGCCCAACAUUUCUUAUGUACUGUUUGUUUUGUGUGAGUCAUGUUUGAUGUAUUAGUAUAGGUCUGUCAUUGUAUUUGGUAAAUCAAGACGAUAGUAAAGAGAAUAUAUAAUAAGUAUAAUUAAUUUAUCCCUAGAUGGAUUUAAAUAUCUGUGUAAUGUAGGGGUUCAUUUAAAUGUGUAAUUUGUAACAUUGUAACAUAACUUUUAAAAAUGGGUCAUAAUGAUUUAUGAAACCACUCUAGCAUAAAUUGCUAUAAAAAUAUUAAGAAGUGAAUAAAUAGGUACAGUAAGGUGCAGAGAAACCUGACCCCCCUCAGAUACAUUAUUACUAUGAGAGGGGGGUCAGGUUUUUCUGCACCUGACCGUACCUAUAAUAAAUAAAAAAUAUCUUACUUAAGUAUUCUUCUUUUCCAGUAAAGAAUGAGAUAUUUUAAAACAAUAAUAUUGUACCACUCACUUAUUUAAAUGAACCUGUAUAUUUUAUAUUAAACCAUUAUAAAAUAUUGUAAUAGUGCUUACUAAAUUUAAUGUUAAUUAGGUAUCCUCCCUAUGUAGGUAUGCAAUAAAAGUAAAAAUUGUUAUGACGUUAUCAUAAUGGCUUUUUAUAUUCUUGUACAGACCUAGAAAAUAAUUCAAUAUAAUUAAUUCGGGGAAAUACAUAAUGUUCUAGGAGUAAAAUUGUGACAAAAUACAAAUAAACAGUGCAAUUAUCCCAUA